AUGAGCUCUGUUGCGAGACCACGGGCGCCGGGGAACGGUACCACAAGAACCUCGAGACGGCCGGGCAGUCAAACCCCCGGACGAUCAAGAGGAAGGCGGUCAGCAUCUCCCGAAGACAUCCGUUACGCCAUGGAUGUGGUCGUCCAGCCUCCUGCCACCGCCCGUGCCGGAGCACCCCUCGCCGGAGCAGUCAUCGUACGACUUAGGACCACCAACGUUGAGCCGGAGCACGUCGUCGGUGAUUCCAGUCAUUUGUAUGCCUAUGCCACCCUGGUCCCAGGCCCCAACUCGACCGUUACCAAUGACCCUCGCCGGCUGAACACCUUGCUCCGGGGCCCGCGAUUGGAUUCGGUCCGUUCAUUCCGAGACGCCGCCGCUGACGGCUCCAUCUCAUUCAUGGAGAUGGACGAUCCUCGCGGCGUCGGCGUCAUGAUCUUCAACAGCCUCGAAAUCUGGCAAGCCGGAAGCUACCGCAUCCGCAUCACUCUGGCGCGCUUUGUGACGGACGCGGACGGUCGCGAGGGAUACGUCAACAUCCAGGCGGUGGAGAGCAAUCCCAUCCUGGUGCAAGGCGCAUCCCCGCCCACGAGGCUGGCUCAAAACGGGGUGGGUGACGGUGGCGAUGAUGAUGGCGAAUGGUUGGAGGUAUUGAGAGCGAUUCAGGAGCGCCGCAGAUCACGUUGA